AUGAAAAUGCAGAGGUGGGGAAGACAUAGCCUUGGCCUCGAGUGGCACCGUGUUGCAGGCAUUGAGAAUGCAGGCAACCAUUCUGAUCUUGAUCCAAAGAUAGUAGGUGAAAGGAAAAGGUCAUCCGACAUUAUCACCCGCCCACCCCGUAUCAUUAUCAUCUGGUCCUGUUUUGGAAACUGUCUCGUUAUUAUCGCGCUCCCUGUGGGUGUACGUUCGUCGUCAUCGGAGGAUGUCAUUUCUAGAUCUUUCUCCGUCCUCUCCGCCGGUCGAAGGCUUUCCGGAGUCCACCAGUACAAAGGGAAUUGUCUCUGGAUGUUGUUAAGCAGGAGGGCUGUGACGAGGAUGAGCGAAGCGCUUAACAUUACAAGGGGAAUCAGCAGCCAUCCCAGACGUCUAGUUCCCGGGUCUAUGGAUGCCAACAACGCACUGGCUCCGGCGGGUGGGUGUAUCGUUUUUGUGAAUAUCAUGGCCGCAACAGCGACUGCACAUGCUACCGGUCCAGCAAGCCAGAACCAAGACUCUGCAUAA